AUUAAUGAAAACAAAAUCCCUGUCAUUAAAACAAAUAAAUUAUACGAAAUACCUCAAACAGCAGAAAUUAAUGAAAGCACAAUGAUGAUUGUGGUUUACUUGAAAUCUUGCAAUGAAUUAAGAAUCAUAGAAAAUCUUUUCGUUGACAUCAAAUUUAAGUAUAUAAUCAUAGUCGAUAUGUUCUUAAGAGACAACUGCUAUUACGUUGUAAAAACAAAACUAUCAGAAUUUAAUAGUUAUGAUGUUACUUUUAUCACAGCUGAUAGAAAAACUGGAAAAUAUAAUCUCCUAACGGCCAUCCCCGAAAUCGAUUCAGCAACGUGUAAUACCACUAAAAUGGUAGAAAUAAAACUGAUAAACGGUUGCACUAAUGGUACACUCGAUGAGAAGAAGCUUAAUCACGUUUUUCCAGUUAAAGCGCCAUCUAAUUUAAAAUUAUGCAAUUUUAAUGUAGGAAUGGCUACUCGUUUUCCUUAUUCAGUGACUAACAAUAAAGAUUCCUUGAAGGAUCUUGAUAAUGCAGAAUUCUACGGAGCUGACGUUGAGAUAAUGAAAAUCAUGGCAAAUAGAUUCAAUGGUACGUUGAAAUUGUUUUAUACUAAAAUAAAUGAGUACGAUCCAAUUUUGCGUAAAAUCCUAGUAGAAUAUUUUAAAAAUGGAACUCUAGAUGCUUGUGCUGGUGGUAUAUACCGUGUAUAUGGAGAUGAAGUGAGUUAUUCUGGUAUAUAUUCUAGACAGUCAAUUUUUUGGAUUUACACAGUGGAACGAGACAGAAGAACCUCGCAAUCACUUAUUCUCAAAAUGAAUGGAGUGUACAUAUUUUUAAUCAUCUAUCAAUGCUACGUUAUUUUAUGGAAUUUAAUUUGUAAAUUCGAUCGUCAAACUACAUCGAUUAAUGACUCUUUCGUAUAUGGAUGGGGGGCUUUGUUUGGCGGUGCGGGAUUGCAAGAUGCAAGAUCUUUAAAACAAAAGUUUCUUAAUAUCGUGUAUCUGAUAGCGUGUUUGCAUUUAUCAGCUUACGUCAGUACGCAAAUAUAUUAUUAUCUUACAAUUGAUAGACCUCCACAUUUUUUCACAACAAUAGAUGAAUUAAUAUCAUCAGGUAGAAUACCGUAUCUUAUUUCUGAUCAAAAAUACUUUGUCGAUGAUAGAAAAUAUAUCGCGUUUGCCAAUACGUCUCGCGAGUGUGACACCUUUACAAUUUGUGAGGAACUAAUUUUAAAAAAUAAAGGAUCGACUAUUAUUGUUGAUGGACAAUUGGCUCCAUUACAAUCCUCAUCAGCUGUUAAAGACGAAGCAAAAGUAUUACGAGUUCCCGAGGAUAUUUUAGUUGUAUAUCAUGAAAUGGUUCUAAGAAGAAGUAGCCCUCUAGUGGACAAAUUCCAAGAAUACACACAAAGAUUGUUCGAAGCAGGUAUCUGUCAAAAGCUGUAUGUUGAUGCGAUUGGUAUAACAGUUGUUGAUAGAGCGAAGAUAGCUACACAGAAUAUUUUGUCCAAUAGUUAUAGUUGCACGGUGGGCUGUGAAAUUACUUUAUCACAAUUGUCUGGUGUUUUCUGCAUUUGGAUGGGUGGAUGUUGUUUAUCGUGUUUUGUUUUUAUUUUCGAAAUUCUAAUGAAUAUACCUAGACUAAAUCAUUAA